UUGGCGUGUUCUAAUUUCCUUCCAAUACGAUUUCAUUCUAGCUAAAAAAAACAAACCUAGUUAGCGCGACCGAACAGCAUAUUGAAUAGACAUUUCUAUUUAUUAAUGAGAACAAUACAAACUCUGUCAUCAUAACACUGACGAAUCAAUUUUAUAAGCAAAGUGUAAACUCGGUUAUUGCACGAGCUAAUAAUUGAGAAAAACAUGAAACGUCCGUUGAAUAAUGGAAGUGACAAUUCUGACACGAAUCCUAUUGUCUUCUUGGAUAUUGUUGUUGGGCCCGAGAAAGUGGGCAGAAUCGUCAUAGAAUUGUUCAAAGAUAUCGUGCCACGAACCGCGGAAAAUUUUCGUGCAUUAUGCACAGGCGAAAAGGGCAGUGGAUCGAACGCCAAGAGGUUACAUUACAAGGGAUGCGUUUUCCACAAAUCCAUCCCGCAGUUUAUGAUCCAAGGAGGAGACAUUGUAAACUUCAAUGGUACCAGCGGGGAGAGUAUCUAUGGUCCUUACUUCGAGGAUGAGAAUUUCCAGUUAAAACACACAUCCGCUGGAUUACUUAGUAUGGUGAAUGAGGGAAAACCAAACACCAACAGUUCCCAAUUUAUUAUCACUUGUGUGCCUUGCUUACAUUUGGACGGUACUAAUGUAGUAUUUGGAAAAGUCAUUAAAGGCAUAGGUAUAAUUUUGGAGCUCAAUAGCCUACCGACUAUGAAGGAUAUUCCAGUUGAUGAAAUAAAGGUAGUCGAUUGUGGAGAGUUAAGAAGAGAUGAAAGCUGGGGAAUAGAAGAAAAUGAUGGAUCUGAAGAUGUUUACACACCAUGGCCCGAAGAUUGGCAUUAUUCUUUGUCUGUUAAUAAACUAAGUCACAAAUAUGUUGAGGAGGUUAUAAAAAAGAUAAAAGAUUCAGGAAAUUAUUAUUUUUCGAGAAAAAACUUUGUGGAUGCGGAUAGAAAAUACAAGAAAGCACUGCGAUAUUAUAAUUGGAUGACAAAGCAAAAGGACUUGUUAGAUACACCUGACAGGACAUUGAUAGAACUUAAAGUGAUUAUACUACUUAAUUUGGCUGCUGUAAAAUUAAAAAAAGAGAACUAUCGCGAUGUAGUGGAACAUUGUAAUGAGGUCUUAGAAUUGGACAAAGCUAAUAGCAAAGCAUUAUUUCGAAGAGGGCAAGCUUAUAUUGGCAUGAAUGAAUAUGAAUUAGGUUUAGCAAAUUUGCAACAAGCACUCCUGGAAUGCCCUAAUAACAAGGAUAUCGUUCAGGAAAUAAAUAAAGUAAAAAAGAUUAUAAAUUCCUACUUGACGACAGAAAGAGCAGUGUGUCAAAGAAUGUUCAAGUAAUGAAAUUACUUCUUGCUUAGAAGUUACAAAUUUAUAAAAAUUUUUUAUAUAUAGAUAGUU